AGGAGGGACGUAGUCGCAUGCUCUUGGUUCCGACGGUCGCGUGUGUGCUACAGGUUAUGCCCAUUAAGACCUUGAUCGGGAAAUAAGAAAGUGUUUGAGGAUAUGCGCCGUCGGUGCUUGAAAAAUCAAAGUUGCUGAAGGAAUAUAGGUGCAGUUCGGUUCUCUCUGACGUAUAUAUUGGCGAGUGAAACGGAAACGAAAGAAAGAAUAUACAUAUUUAACACAACAGACCUGACUCAUUGAUAUUUACGGCCACGCCAGAAUAUGUUUAUUUAUAAAAGAAAUUUAAGAGCACGCUGUUUGUUCCAACAGAGCCAAAGACCUCGAUAAAUAAACAAAAGAGAAAACACUAACAACAUCAACAGAAUUUUAAAUACCUUUGCCGUCACCAACCCGACAAACGUUUGCCCUUUAAAAAACGUUACCCGGCGCCAACGCAGUAUUAAAAAGGGUGACAAAAAAAUUAUAACUGUAUAUGCUAUAUUCUCGCCUCUUUAAUCCACACUUUGCUGCGUGCAUGCGAGCGUUGCACCAUAGAUAUUUAGAGAAAGAUUCUACGUGUGCGUGUACUCAUAUGUAAUUGUGUUCUCACCACACACACACACCACCUGUUAGUGCCGUUACAACAGUCAGCAUGUUUCCGACGAAGCAAGUGAAGAUUCUGCUGGGCAUUGGCUCCAUCUUGGUGUUGCUGUGUGCCAUCUUUAUCGGCGUUUUCCCUCUCAUCUUCUAUUCCAUCGCCAGCCAGAUGCUGACCUUAUCGGAAGACAGCAAAACUCUCGAGGCAUUCCUAUCCCCGCCAGUGCCCAUUUAUAUGCAGUUCUGGUUCUUCAACGUGACGAAUCCAGAUGCCAUUCGCUAUCACGGGGCCAAGCCGAUACUGCAGGAGGUCGGGCCUUAUACCUACGAGGAAAAACGACUGAAAUACGACCUGGAAUGGAACGACGACGAAGGGACAGUGUCUUACCUGCAGAACAAGUCGUUUAUUUUUGUUCCCGAGAUGUCUCCAGGUCUUUCUCUCGAGGACAGGGUGACGACACUCAAUGCCAUCAUGGUGGUCGCAGCCGACGCCUUGUCGCGCGGAGAUCCGAACUUCGUGUCCGGAGCCAUUUGGUCCGAAAUCGAACGCGGCUUCGACCUCUUCGAACCCCACUCGAUCGACGAGCUGCUCUUCGCCGGCUUCGAAUUCCCGGAAUUUAACUUCGACUUCUCCUUCAUCCCCGGCUUGGAGAUAACCGAGGGCUUGAACGGAACGAUUUACGAGUUGCUGGAGAAGCUCGGUUUGGAUCCGCCCGAAUGGCUUGCCGAGAACAAGUUCGGGUUGUUCUAUGGGCGUAACAACACUAACGACGGCAGAUACAAAGUCAAGACAGGUGCUUUAGGAAUGGACGAUUACCAGUACAUCGUCGAAUGGAAAGGGCAGACUGAGCUCGAUUACUGGCACGGGGAUCAUUAUUGCAACAUGAUCAACGGCACAGAUGGUUCUCAGUACCCGCCGGAAGUCACGAGGAAUACGGUGUUAAGGCUGUACACUUCGGAACUCUGCAGAUCCCUGUACCUGACCUACGAGAAGGACCGCAACCACUUCGGCAUCCACGUGUACCGCUUCAUCCCGCCGCGUGACAUGCUGGAAGACCCCCUCAUCAACCACGACAACCUCUGCUACUGCACGCCGGAUAUCGACCAUUGCCUGGGCGCUGGGAUGCUUAAUAUGGCUCCGUGUGCUAUGGGCGCCCCCAUCGUGAUGUCGACGCCCCACUUCUACCAGGGAGACGAGGUCGAACUGGCAAAGCUCGUAGGACUCAACCCGAGGAAGGAGGAACACGAGACCUUCCUGGACGUCGAACCUAGGACGGGCGUGACCAUGAAGGCGGCCAAGAAAAUCCAGAUUAAUAUUCCUCUGAAGCCUUAUGGACAAUUUCCCUCCUUCAAGAAUGUGCCUGAGGUCAUCUUCCCUAUCCUCUGGGUUAACGAGAGCGCCGUUGUGGAUGAGGCGACGGCCCAGGAAGUGAGGAAAGGGGUGACUCUGCCAUUCGUCGUCGUGGACGCUGUAUGCGGCUCCCUCAUAGCCAUCGGGGUUGUGCUUAUCAUUGUCGGAGCCUUCAGAUUCUACAGAUUCAAGCACCUCACCAAGCAGACGAAGAACUCAUCCAGCAGCAAAAGUCACGUCCUGAAGGUGCUACGGCAGGCAUCGGUCCAAGAGCAGCCUAUAGGAGGACCGCUGGCUCGCCUCCUCAACCCCCUGGAGAUCAAAAGGGCGAAGAAAAGCGAGAGUCGGAGAAGCACUCCUCACCCGGCCAGCUCAGGCUCCCUUAUCGGUCGGGCGGCGACGCGGGAAUAAGCUCACGGCUGCCUGAGGUCGGGCCACUUCCACAGGCAGACGGGUAGUGGAAGAGGAGUGGAAUUAAGUGGAGUGGAAAACUCUCGAGGACAGCAAAAAAUAUAAGCGUCGACGGAACGCCAUUUCGCCGCAGCUGCCAGCCAGUACGCAGAAAACACGCAGCCAGACCGAUUGCCAAAAGCUUUAACGAGCUCUCAUGUCUAUAAAAAAAGGAAAAAAAAAGAACAAGAAAUGAAAACAGAAAAGAACCAAAAUAUUUAAAUAUCUCUGUAGCGGCUUAACUACCCACGUCGAACUGUUAGUGUUCACCGCGACGGAGAAUGUUCAUUUUGUAGAUAGUGAGGUAACGCCAAGAGACGGAGGCGUAGAAGAAGAAGAAGUGAAAAAAAUACCGAACUGUGAUACAAGUUAAUGUGAAGAGAAACCUAUCUGCCUUAAUAUAGCUGGCCUUUCUCAAAAUCUUCCUUUUCCUUUUUUGGGAUAUUCUUGCCGAGUCUAGAAGAGGAAGACUACAACCGAAGUCCUUUUUUCUUUCUUUUUCUUUUUUUUUUCUUUUUUUUUUUGAGUAUCUGUUUCUCGUACUUAGACUCCUGUUUCUCUUGUGGAAAGCUCUCAGGCAGCAUUGUUUUAAUAGUACCAUUAAUUAAUUCUGUGAUUUACUGUUCUCUUUACUUUAAAUAAUAAGUGUAUAAAGGGGAUACUUUGUAGGGAAAACAUAUUUAGGUAGAGAAUGAGUCAGUGAAUGAGCAGUUAGAGAGAGAGAGAGAGACAGACAUACAGACAGACAGACAGACAGACAGAGACAGAAAGAAUGAAAGUAAGAAAGAAUGAAAGAGGAGGGAAAGAGAGAGUGUGUACAUGUGUGUCCCUUAAUGCAUGUAUGUGUAACAAAGGAUAUACAUAAUCAUUUGUAUGCAUGGGGAUUUCUGAUAUCCAAUACUUACUUACCAUCACAAACUAUGUAUCUAGUUACUUGUGGGAACCAUUAAUGUUUUUUUAGGCCUUAGUAGCAGUCAUUAGAGAGGGAUUAUCAGAAACUAUCUUUUUUCUUUCUUACUAUAUCUUUUAAAAGACUAUAUCCCCCAGAUUGCUGUACAUACAACUCUAUUUAUAUAAGAAUGCCCAUUUAAGAUGCAAACUUUCUCCAAUCCAUUCAACUAAAUAUAGUACGGGACACUGAUUACCUAAGGUCUCCUCUUUCACAGCAAAUAUAGAGUUAAUUCAAUAAUCGAAAAUUAUUAUUGACUGUAGGGAAAUGUUUUGGGUAAGUUACUGUGGGUUUACAGGGACACAUAACACUUUAUUCUGAGAGGAAAGGAAAGUUUUCAAUAUUUGUAUUGUAAUGACAAAGAGGGGGAUUUUUUCAUGGUUUAUGUGAAGUUAAAUUUGGUGCAUGUUAUUUUCAGGGGAGUUACUGAUCACAAAUUAAUGUAGGUGUAUUAUCAGGUUUAGCUUUUUGAAAAUGUGGGAGAAACACAUUGAUAUAUGCAUGUUUGUAUACAUACAUGCACACAUAUAUACACAUACACAUGUGUUUAUAUUUGUAUGCAUGGAUAUAUAUGCACAUAUCUAUAUAAAACUACUUCCGGGCUAUAUUUCCAUUCCCUUCCAUUUUCUUUGUGAUGUUUAAUGGCAAAAGGCAAAUCCUUUCAGUCACACAAUUUAUUCUUCCGUAGUUAUUUUUGUGGAUCACGACGUAAAUUCAUUGUUAUUGUUGACAAAGUUGUUAUAUUUUUUGUUUUUUUGUUUUAAUGAACCCGUAAGCUGAUGUAGUUUUUUUUAUGGAAGGUUACUACUAACUAUCGUUUAGUAUAACAGUAAUGUAUUCUAAUGCUGUGGACAACGAAAGAAAAAUAUUUUAGGUGUUUUUUUUGUUAUUAAUGAUGUUUAUAUCCUUGAGAAAAAAUUGAUAUAUGUUAGUAACUUACCCGAAGUUUGAUGUGAUAAAAUAAGGGUAUCUAAUUUGUGAGUUUUAUGUUAAUCUUAUCAGUGGAAGGAUUAAUUACACAUUAGAAAACAUGAGAUCAGCGCACACAUAGAGCUGAAGUUGCCAUUAAGUUUAAUUGAAAGUUAAUGUUACUUGUUCUUCCGAGAGAAGUUGAUUGAUUUGUAAUUAACGUUGUAGAUUACUUUCUUUUUUAGAGGGGUAGAAUUUUAGUUUCUAUAUGUAUAUUUUUUAUAUGGAUUUUAUCAUAUGUUAAAAAUUUAUCUUUUAUUGAGAUAUAGAACUGUACUGUAUUGAUACGUUUACUUCAGGUCACAAUUACAGCUGCUUAAAAUACAAAUUAUUAUGUAGAUAAAUUCAGAAGAUAUUUAUAAGUAUAUCGUGAAUGAUACAGGGAAGAAAUAGCCUAGGGAUACAAGUGUAAAUCAGAUAUUGUCAAACUAUUGUUAAAUUAUUCACUGGAUAUGACGCUUUGCAUCUGUCAUGAUUAUCUUUAUCAUUCCUCUUUGUAACAGUUCUCCCUAUAGAUAUGGUGUCACUCAAGGGUGAUUGUAUAGUAUACUAUGGCUCAAAAACUUUGUGCGUGUUGUUAAUGGUUUACGCUCGUAGUAGUGAACACGAGGACUUGUACAGUUUAAAGUAUCAUGGUUUCCUCUUUCUCUCUACGUAAGCAUAUUUUUGUACCUUACUAAGAUGAGUGCUAGAAAAGAGGAAAUGCCACUGAAGGAAUGUUAUGGGAGUGUAUAACGUGUACUUUGAGAUAAUGACUAAAAACAUGCUUUACCCCAAACAGUAUUUAAGAGAGGUAGUCAGCCAACGAAACAAAGUAGGUGGUAGUCUUUUCCUUAUUUUUUCCCACGUUGAUAUCUCUUAAAAUAAUCAUUAUUAAAAGAAAAAGAGUAAAAGAGUAUGCAAUAAAGUAUUUGGGAAUUCGAACUGCAUCUAGAAUAUUCUGUAGCUGUGAGGAAGCAAGAGUUUAAAUGACAGUAUAUAUAAUCUCUAGGUUUUGUCCGUCCUAUGAUAGAACAGGUACUCUUGCUUCGAACGCGUGCACUAAAUUCAAGGAGAAAUGUUAGAGACCGCGAAUUAAAAUUGGAUUAUUUGUACUUAAUGAACAUGUUAGAGCCUUUGCAUAAUUAUUUACGCGCAACGGUGAAAGAAGUGUUUAUGUAGUGGGCGUUUUUUAUCUUGCAUGCAUACAUUACAUUGAUGUAUGCAAUUUGGCAUAAACAAGAACAGGAUUACAAAGUUAAAGUAUAUUAUUUUUCGAUACACCCACGCGUGCACGUAAUAUCCACGCACACCCCACACACACGCAUACGCGCACGCACGCACGCACGCACGCGCACACACACACACACACACACACACACACACACACACACACACACACACACACACACACACACACACACACACACACACACACACACACACACACAAACAAACUCAAACAACAAAUACUCUUUACCAUGUGUACUCUCAGACGUAAAAACUAGGGAUGAAUAUAUUAUAACUACAAUAUAAUUAAUAAUUCAUUAGAACAGCGUCAAUUAAUUUAUGUGAAAGGUUCAAAGAAAUUGAACCUCUGUCCUCCAUCCAUAUGAACGGUACUCUUGAACUUACAUUGUGAUAUAUGUGGAUACUUGCACAAAAAAUGUAGAUUUUCUUUUCUACUUAUUGACAAACUUUGAGUUGCUGAUACAUGCUCGAUGUAUGAAGGGAAAUCCCAUGAAAGAGAAGAAUUAUGUUAAUAAGGAAGAUAUGUUAUGUUUUUUUGUGGGAUUUUUAAUUGAAUGGAAAAAAGGGUAUUUAUUUAAAUAAUAAGCUCAAAAAUGACAAGGAAUGCUACGAAUAAAAACAAAUAUAUAUAUAUAUAUAUAUAUAUAUAUAUAUAUAUAUAUAUAUAUAUAUAUAUAUAUAUAUAUAUAUAACCUAGAUUGAGAGAGCUAUCAUUCCGUGUUGCAAAACUGUUUCUCUUUCUUUACCUCAGCUUGCGGGCCACGCGGCUCUACUGAAAAAAUGGAGUGAGGUAUUAAUAUAUUUUCCUGCAAUUUUAUAAUCUUCCCAGACUCAUGCAUUGCAAUGGAAUAUAGUAUGUGAUGUUGCAAUAGAGUUAUAGUGCCUCCUCACAUUUGCAACAUUUUAUUGGCUCCUCAGAUACAGAAAGAAGCAAUGUUCUCUAUGUUGUUUGGAAUUGCAAAUAGGAUUCUCAUCUAUGUGGUCCUCUUUCUUGCAACAUUCCGAAGUUAGCGCUUGCAAUACUAAUGGUGUUGCAAUAAUUUUCAUUAGAGAUCUCUUUUACUUGACCCUUUCUUCUGCAAUCUUCGUCUGCACCUUGUCCAUACUUGCCUAGAAGUAUAUGCUCACUGAGUGGCCUAUGUGGCCCAUAUUAGGAGUAUAGGAUAAAAAAAAUAAUAAUGAUUGCUGAAUGUUUUAAUUCAGCCUUACAAAACGUUUUCUUUUUCCCGUGGGUUUAUAUUUAAUCCCAUUUUACAUUAAUUCUUUAUGUCUUUCUUUCUUUUCUUUUCUUUUUCGCGGGUUUAUUUUAAUGUGUUUUAUCCCUCUUUUAUUGAAUGAUGUCUUUUUUUUAAUGAACAAUUACUCUAGGUUGUAUUUGUGUGGUAUGAUACCAGUGAAUAGAAUCAUUUUAGGAAUACUAGUUUUGAUAAAAAAUAUUUCCUCGAUAUUCCAUGACCGUCGCCAUAGUUAACUGAGAUGGCGAGGACGCUGAGUUUCAGUUCCCGGUGAUGUUAACUUUGGGUGACAAUUUUCUUGACUUGUGGUGUUUUUUAUUAUCGAGAGGGAAUUCUUGGUCACAGUUUUCUUUUUUUUAUCGUUUAGUUAAUUAAAGGACCUGUCAAGCUAGAACUUUUUUCCGUCAAUUUUUGUGUUGAACUUUCCGUAUGUAAAUGGACUGACCCUACGAAGGCAGCAAACAUAGUGUCCAUGUAAACAAAUAUGGCGCCACCCGUGUGAGGUCCUGGGAAUCACACGCUAUUUUAAGAAAUAAGAAUAUUAUAUCUAUAAAUAUUCUAGAAUUCUGACUUGUGUUUAUAUCAACUUAUUAUCUAAUAAAUAAAAAAACAUUCAAGUUGUAGAGAACCUCUGUAACACAAGAUCAAGACGGAAAUGGUUGCAGGCGUCUUCGUCAGGGAAGCGGUCUGUUUGCAUGUGAAAAGUCUCGAAUUGAGAUCGAAACGCGAAAAUUGACCUAAAAAUCGCUAGUGUGAUAGAGCCUUAAAAUACACGCGUUGUUUUUCAUAUAUCCUUUUUAUUUUCAUUUUUAUUUCAUUAGUAUGGUUCAUGAUUUUUUGCAAAUGCACUGUCUAGUGACGGCAAAGGUUCCUGUAACACUUAUCCUAGUACAUACAUAAACAUAUAUUUUUGAACGAUUCUCAGAAGAAGGUGGUUGAGUAUUUAUAUUGUAUUUAUGAAAAUGGAUCAAAUGGAUCAUUCCCAAAGGAUGUGAUAUCAGUCUUAGCUGUAAGCUUUAUGGUUUUAGCAUUCCAUGAAUUUCGGUUAUGAAGUAAUUGAUGACUGAGUUUCUAAGGAGUACAUAUAUAAAUAUAUA